CAACAACAAAAACAACAAAAAUAAAAAAUUCUCCCUCAAGAUCGGAGUUUUUUUUAUUUUUGUUUUUUAUUUUUUUGCUUCAAGAGAGGAGAGCACAACUUAAGUCAAAAUGAGACGGUGGACGCUAAAACUGCGAGCACAAAUUGUGUUUUUUAUCAUCGGCACCUGCAUCAUAUGCCAGUGUGGACUAAUAAACGGGGAAAUCUGCCAGAGUAAGGACAUCCGGAACAAUGUGACCAACCUCCAGUCGUUGGAGAACUGCACCAUCAUCGAGGGCCACCUGAAGAUUCUCCUCAUGUUUAAGACCAAGACUGAGGACUUCCGGGGUCUCAGCUACCCAAAGCUACGAGUGGUGACCGACUACGUGCUGCUGUUCAGGGUCUACGGCCUCGAGACCCUGAGCGAUCUUUUCCCCAACCUGACGGUGAUCCGCGGAAACAACCUCUUCUUCAACUACGCUCUUGUCCUUUAUGAGAUGCUGCAGCUGAAGGAGGUGGGCCUCUACAGUCUCAUGAAUAUCACCCGGGGUGCCGUGAGGAUCGAGAAGAAUCCAGACCUGUGCUACCUGGCCACCCUUGACUGGUCCAAGAUCCUGGACUCGGUGGAGGACAACUACAUCGUGGCCAAUAAGAAUGACAGAGAGUGUGGAGAUGUGUGUCCCGGCACGGCCCAAGGUCAGACCAUCUGCUCACAGAACACCAUCAACGGACACUUCAGGGGACGGUGCUGGUCACAAAACCAGUGCCAGAGAAUGUGCUUGGACAACUGUAAGCAUGGUGCGUGUAGCCUCCAGGGCCAGUGCUGUCAUGACCAGUGCCUGGGCGGUUGUUCUGAGCCAGGUAAUGCAAGUAGCUGUGUGGCAUGCCGGAAUCUCCAGCAUGGGAAUACCUGCAUGGAGAAGUGUCCUCCUGGAUACUAUGUCUUCAGGGGCUGGCGCUGUGUCAGCUUCUCCUUCUGCCAGGAGCUCCACAAUCAGUGUAAGCAGACUAAGAAGUUGAACCAGGACCGGGAGUCGGGCUGCUCCGAAUACGUCAUCCACAACGGGGCCUGUAUUCAAGAGUGUCCUUCUGGAUACACCACUAUCAACUCCACUACGUUGACCUGUUCACCAUGUGCAGGCCUCUGUCCUAAACUGUGUGUGGGAAAUAAGACGAUUGACUCAGUAACUUCAGCCCAGGCUUUGAGAGGCUGCACUGUUCUCCACGGCAACAUGAUCAUCAAGAUCCGAGGAGGGAACAACAUUGCUGCUGAGUUGGAGGCUAGCUUGGGCCAGAUUGAGGAGAUCACAGGCUACCUGACUGUUCGCAGAGCUUACGCCCUGGUGUCCCUCUCCUUCCUCCGCAAACUGCGCAUCAUCAGGGGGGAACAUCUUGAGGGAGAUAACUACGCCUUCUAUGCGCUGGACAACCAGAACCUGCGUGAGCUGUGGGAUUGGUCCAAGCACAACUUGACCAUUCAGCGUGGUCGUGCAUUCUUCCACUAUAACUCCAAACUGUGCAUGUCUGAAAUCAGAAAGAUGGAGGAGGUAACGGGAACCAAGGAGCGCAACCAAAAGAAUGACAUUGCUGUACGCACUAACGGGGACCAAGCCUCCUGUGAGACCAAGCUGCUGAAAUUCACCGUGAUCAAGACCACAUCAAAUAUGAUUAUGCUGAAGUGGGAACCUUUCUGGCCUUUAGACUUCAGAGACCUUUUGGGUUUUAUGGUUCUCUACAAAGAGGCGCCAUAUAAGAACGUGACAGAGUUUGACGGACAGGACGCUUGUGGCUCUAACAGCUGGGCGAUUGCUGAUGUUGAUCCUCCAUCCCGUUCCACGGACAGCAAGAAAGCAGACAAUCCAGGGCACCUGAUCCGACCAUUGAAGCCCUGGACCCAGUAUGCCAUUAUGAUCAAAACUCAACUGUCUGCAUCUGAUGAGCACCAGGUUCAUGGAGCCAAGAGCGAGAUCAUCUAUGUCCGCACCAAUGCCUCCAAACCCUCUGUGCCUCUGGACCCCAUCUCUUCCUCCAACUCCUCCUCUCAGAUCAUCCUGAAGUGGAAGCCUCCCACCAGUCCCAACGGCAACAUCACCCACUACCGGGUCAUCUGUCGUAAGCAGCCUGAAGACAACGACCUCAAAAAGUUUGACUACUGUCUACAAGGAAUGAAGCUGCCGUCUCGUACCCCGACCCACCUGGACAGCGAGGACGAGCAGAAGUGGAACCACACAGAUGAGCCCGCCUCAGGAGGAAGGUGCUGUGCCUGUCCUAAGACAGACAACCAGCUAAAGAAGGAGCAAGAGGAGAAAGAGUUCCAAAAGACCUUUGAGAACUACCUCCACAAUGAAGUCUUUUCGAGCAGACCAUCUCGUCGGCGACGCUCAGUGGGAGUUGCCAAUGCAACUGAAACCUCUUUCUUCCUCACGAAACUCCCCAUUCUGCCAUUCGGCUCCACCACAGCCACUCCUGAAGACGAGGACACGGAGGGAUCCAAGGUGGAGCUGAAGGUGUUCUCAAAGGAGUCAACAAUCAUCUCCAACCUGCACCACUUUACCAGUUAUAAGAUUGAGAUCAUGGCCUGCAACCAUCCUACAGACCUCAAACGCUGCAGCAUGGCUACUUAUGUCAGUGCUCGAACUAUGCCAGAGGAGAAAGCAGACGACAUCCCAGGCCCUGUGACCCAUGAGAUAGUGACAGCUGAGCCUCCCUACGUGUUUAUUAAAUGGAAUGCACCUCUCUCCCCUAAUGGCCUCAUCAUCCUGUAUGAGGUGUUCUACAGGAAGGUUGGAGACACAGAGGUUCACACAGCUUGUGUGUCACGCCCAGCCUACCUCAAGUCAGGUGGCACAAAGCUUUCGCUCGUACAACCUGGAAACUACAGCGUGAGGGUCCGCGCCACCUCUUUGGCAGGAAAUGGCUCCUUUACAGAAACCACUUACUUCUUCAUGCCCAACCCGGAUCAAGGUUUAAUUUGGAUCGUGAUUGGUCCAGUCAUCUGCUUCAUCAUGCUGCUGUUUGUGGGAGGCGGAGUCUUUGUCAUCUUUAAAAAGCGGCAAACAGAAGGCCCAACAGGACCUCUUAUCGCCUCCUCAAACCCUGAGUACCUCAGCGCCAACGAUGUGUAUGUUCCCGAUGAGUGGGAGGUGCCUCGGGAGAAGAUCACAGUGCUCAGAGAGUUGGGUCAGGGCUCCUUCGGCAUGGUGUACGAGGGAAUCGCUAAAGACAUCAUCAAAGGAGACCCUGACACGCGCGUAGCCGUCAAGACUGUCAAUGAAUCGGCCAGCCUGCGCGAGAGGAUCGAGUUCCUAAACGAAGCCUCCGUCAUGAAGGCUUUCAGCUGUCACCACGUGGUACGUCUGUUAGGUGUUGUGUCCAAAGGUCAGCCCACCCUGGUAGUGAUGGAGCUGAUGACCCACGGUGACCUGAAGAGCUACCUGCGUAGUCUCAGGCCCGAUUCUGAGAACAACCCGUCAGGCCGUCCACCACCUACGCUGAAGGAGAUGAUCCAGAUGGCUGCAGAAAUUGCAGACGGCAUGGCCUACCUCAAUGCCAAGAAGUUUGUCCACAGAGACCUGGCAGCCAGGAACUGUAUGGUGGCAGAAGACUACACCGUCAAGAUUGGAGACUUCGGUAUGACUCGAGACAUCUAUGAGACGGAUUACUACCGUAAAGGAGGGAAGGGCCUGCUUCCCGUCAGGUGGAUGGCUCCAGAGUCUCUGAAGGACGGAGUCUUUACUGCCCACUCUGACUGCUGGUCAUUUGGUGUUGUGCUGUGGGAGAUUAGCACAUUAGCAGAGCAGCCUUACCAGGGUUUAUCCAACGAACAGGUUCUAAAGUUUGUCAUGGAUGGAGGAUACCUGGACCGGCCAGACAACUGCCCAGAGAGGAUGCACAGCCUCAUGCAGAUGUGCUGGCAGUACAACCCCAAGAUGCGACCGAUGUUCCACGAGAUCAUCGAGAUGUUGCGGGAGGACCUGCAUCCGUCUUUCCAGGAGGUCUCCUUCUUCUAUAGCGAGGAGAACAAAGUCCCAGAGACAGAGGAUUUUGACCUGGACCUGGACAACAUGGAGAGCAUCCCCCUGGACCCGUCUUCAUACUCACAGAGAGAGGAGAGCUUAGGCAGGGACAGCGGGCCCUCUGUGGCCCUUAGGGGGAACUAUGAGGAGCAUGUCCCCUACACACACAUGAACGGUGGCAAGAAAAAUGGACGAAUCUUAUCGUUGCCCAGAUCCAGCCCUUCCUAACAUUUCCUGUUUCCCAAAAGAACUUGUUUAACCUGUCCCUCUUUCCCUUCCCAUCCUUCUUUCUCUUCCAGUCCAUUUUUUUCUGUAUCCUUCAUGUUCCUCUCAUCAUUUUCUAAUGAUUUUCUUAUUCUUGGAGAAGCACUUCAAACACAACCCCACCCCCCCCAACCCUUCCCCGCAGAUCUCAGGACUUUUUAUUUUCUUCCUCGUGGCUGCCAAACACAGGCAAGCAAGGGAUGCAAACACGGUGUAACACUUUUUUAACUUCCUCCACAACACAUUGGAUUUUCUAUCACCAUAUUACCUAUCUAUUCUUUUUCACUAUUGCCACGUUUCCAGGACUCCUUGUGGUGGAAACGGAGAGAGUAAAAAAAAAAACUGUGAACACAACAAACCUUAGACAACCAAGAAGGCUGCUUACGCUCAACCUCCUCAAGACUUGUCCACCUUCUUCUCCCCACCAAUCUGCAUUUCCACAUUUCUGUGCUUUUUUUUUUUUUUUUCCUGCAAGUGAAAUCUUGUUACUCAGAUAGUGGCCUUUUUGUAUGUGGCCUAUAAACAAAGAGAAGUGUCUAUCAGCGCUUACUAAUUUCCUUUUGAACAAUGACUUAAUCAGUUUGGAACGGUGGGAUGACUUGCAAAGACUUGAUCCUAGAACAAACAUCUAUUCCUAGAGGAAUGUUUUUGUUUUUUUUUCUUUUUUUGUUGUUUUGUUGUUGUUGUUUUUUUGGUUCUGCAGAAUUCCAAACUACACACAGAUUCAUCGGGUGUUUGGUGAAUAGUUUUAAUUUAUUUGCUUUUAUUGUUAUUUUCUCUUCUCUUUUCUUCUUUUCUUUCUCAGUUUUAUUUCUGUGUCCUCACUUAUAUGGCUGAAGGAUAUUUAAACAGUUAAGAAUUGGACAAAAGAGUUCCUCAGACUGACCAAUAGCUGCUGCUUUGAUAUAUUUUAGUGGGUAUAUAAAUAUAUAAAUAUAUAUAUAUAUAAUAUAUAUAGUAUAUAUGGAAUGUUGGUAUUUGCCAAUAUUUUAUAUAUAAUAUAUGAUAUAUUGAUGUUUUUGUAAAUAUUUCACAUUUGUAAUAUUUUUCAUCAGAAGUUUUGCUAGUAUUUUGUUUUGCCAGGUUUUUUCUUUCUGGGUUUUUUUUAAUUUUCUUAUUUUUAUAGCCCCAGAAAUCACACUAAUCUACCAUCAGUGCUCUCUGCGUCUUAGGCCUCCAGUCCCACCACCCCUCCCUCUUUGAGUAGUUGGAGAAAGCCCCGAAAUAUUGUCAACUCGCUGCAUCAUGGUUUUUUUUUUUUUUAAUUUUCGAAAUAUCUCGCUCCCACUGAGAGCUGUCAAUAUUUGGUGGCAACUUUACACUAACCAUACGGAAAAUGAAAAACAAAAACGUAUGGAAUAACCAAAAACUAAAGCUUUAUAAAAGGGCAAUGAGGUCUUUCUAGGUGGAAGUGCGCCUGAUGUGUGUUUGUCUCUGUGUCUGCUGUCUCUCUCUGGUCAGAUCAGGUUUAUUACGUCUUUCGUGUCAUUGUGCUGGCCGUCGGAGUCAUCGUGAACUGUCAUUGAGGUUAUAGGGAGUAUCGAGCUUGUUUUCGCCUUGUGAUUGUACUUCCUCAUGUUAGCAUAACAAUAAUGUUUUUUUUUCCAGUUGCGUCAGUGCUGCUCGUAUGAGGGCAGGGUGGGAAAUUAACACCAGCUCUCAGCCAAAUGCAGGUGAAGUAGAUGAUGAGGCAGUUUUGUUUUUUAAAUCAGAGAGAGAGAGGUAGAAUUCCCUUCCCAUCGGACCUGAGGUCUGGCACAGUUCAGGACUCUCACUGUUAGAUGGAGGGUUUUUUAUUAAAUUCACACAUUACGGUCCCCUCUCAUUGUCGUACCGUUAGGUUUGCUCUACACUGCAUGCUCUCCCCUCCUCAGUCUUCCCGACGCUUCCCAUUGGCUGCUGAACUCAAAAUCAGGCUGUUGGAAAUUUCCACGUUUUGCGGCGGAGGGUUGGAGAGAAAUACGGAAAGUUCCAACUGUAUUCAGAGUCCACAGCAGGUAGUGGAGAGAGAGAGAGGAGAGGGAGGGAGGGGUGCGCAGCGCAGUCUCUCUAUCUUUCAGUGUGUCUGAGAGAGCAGCAGUGUGUGAGUGAUUGUUAAUCCUAUUAUUCUCUCUGCUAUCACAUGCAGUUAGGCAGCCAGGACACAGUGUGCAGCAGCUAUUUCACUCAGGUCUGACAUUCCAGGAUAUAGUUGGAACUGCUCGUUCCCUCGCCUUCCCCUCCACCUCCACCUCCACCUGCCAGCCUGCCUGCUGGCAAAGCUGAUACCAUCACCACACCCCAUCAGAUUCAGAACACACACACACACACACACACAAGACUUCUUGUUUUUCCCUCUUAAUAAUUGAAUAUCUAAAGUUUGUCCCUCCUGUCGGGAAUCAAAAACAUUCCUGUCAACUGUACCCCAGCGCUAAGGAAAAGUUCGUUGUUGACCCCUGAGGUCAUUAAUUCACCAAGGCCAUCACAGCAGAUCCUCUGUAUACACUCUUGUCUCGCUGUCACUACGGGAGUCGAUGACAUGAGAGAUGAUGAGCUUUUGUUAUGUUUUUUUUUUUUGUUUCUUCCCGGAUACACACACACACACACAUACCGGUGUGGUUGCCAAUCUAGCCGAACAGCAUUCAGCACUUAUAGUAUAGCCAAAGUGUUGGCAGCUUUCUGUCAACAACGGGAACCCGCAGAAUCAGAGUCAGAGAAAGCAGAGAAGCUGCCUCCAUAUUUUACCAGUGCCUUCUCAAACCCAGAGCCACGUCUAGGCUAGUUAGUAACACACACACACACGCACACAUAAACAGGCCUCUGUGCGCUCUCUGUAUUUUUUCUCAUGAGGCAGGAGGCGCAUAGAAAUCGAAGCUGCAUCUACAUUUGUGUUUGUAGGCUUGCUCUUUGCUGGAAGAGAAGAAGUCUUUGGGGCGAUCUAUUUUUAUUUUGAAUUGUUUUCUUUCAGCUUGUUGCCAGCGUUAAGGUUUGAACGCUAAUGUUCCGACCUAAUGUUUUUAGCGGUGACACUGUGGAUUGGCCGGAGUCCGUGCUGUUUGGCACUCAGAGGCGCGUUAUGAUGUAGAUUUUAGCUAAUUAUUCUGAGGUUACAAUCUUGGGCUUUUGUACUUUGUAAAUAAUCUGUGACAUAGUUUGGAAAAUAAAAGCAGAAAAAAAAAGAUCUAAAAAAUGUUUUUUAAAAAUCUGAUGCCCUUCAGUUUUGCGUACAUGACAGAAAAAUGGUGGACUGUAGCUUGGUCACAACUCCGCAUUACAUAUUGAUACUACAUCCUUAUCUUAGUAGCAAACUGUUUUGGCAGUUAGUACAUCCUUGUACUCUGAGCGUACUUGAUUUUCCAGUAUAAACACACUACAUACUCAAAACCCUGUUUGGAUUGGUGUCUAAUAUGGAAGUGGGACAUAAGUUCUCGUUUCCACCUUGACCUAGGUUGCUUAUCUUGUGGUGGUGUUCACACGCAUAUGCAAUUUUUAAUUAAGAUGGUGCCCAUAUCUUUGAAAUACCAGAUAUUUAUUUUGUUAUGAUCAUUGUCAUUGUAUAAGAAGAACACAGUUAGCUUUUUAGUCAAGCAUUUUUAAGGUGUUUUGAGAGUGGUGCGAUGUAAGACCCUAGUUUGUUAUUGUACAGGUGGAGUAGCUGGUGGUGAGCAGCAGGAGUGCUAGUUAGUUAGUUAGUUAGUUCGUUAGUUAGUUAGUAAUUGUCGUCGUCUUUGUGUUUGGCCAGAGUCUACCUCAGUGCAUAUGGAGGAAUCAGUCUAAAGAGCCUAAAUCAUCCCUGUCAGUCACUUAGUAUCCCACCAUUUAAACAAAAAAAUCUCUUUAUCAUACAUUACCAACACUGCUGAUGAAUUCCUUUCCCCUGUGGUGUAUUAAACCCGUCUGCCUCCUUCUGGUUCUCUCAGUUUUCUCUGCUUCUUAUGUCCUGGGGGAAGCUGUUGUCGGAGUACGACCUGUCAUAUUUUGGCCCCUUGACUUCAAGUCAUUGGUUAGAUAUUGUCCUUUAUAAUGUUUACCCCAGCACUAAAUGUGUGACACUUUAGGCAGUAAAUUGGCUUUACGGACAGUAUUUCCUUUUCAUUGUUGCUACAGUUUCUUAAAAAAAAAACUCCUCAUAAAUAGGCUUCCCCCGGGCGCUGGAAGAAUCAGCGCAGUUUUGUUGUCUGUAUCUAAUCCUCUGGACUGUAUGUAGUAGCGGCUCUACUGGUCUCUGGGGAUGUGACAUUAGCAUGAGUCAAGUGCAUAUCUGUGAUUUUUUUACAGCCAAGGCUGUGAAAGCUCAGCUCAUGCUUUAAAAAAAAAAAAAAUCACAUCUAGACUAAACCUGUUGUCUGGCAGAAAGCCCUACCCUCAUUCUUCUUCUUCUGUCAAUCUGUCUUUUUGUGGUCGAAACAGUUGGUGUUCAAAUCCCACGUCUCCUCCAGCCGCUGUGGAUUUAUUUGUCCGUUUCUCUGUUCUGAUUUUUGUUUUUGUAUGUAUAUUUUUUUUCUACUGUGAAUAUCAAGAGAUAAUCUUUAUUUUCUGUCAAUGCCAUGGAUUGGGUCUGUUUUGGCUGAUCAGGACAAUGACGUCUGGGCUGGUUAAAAAGUUUUAAAGAGGAGGACCCCCCCUCCCUUCUCUGCAAAGGAAAAAAAAAAAGCUGGACUGGGACAAUCCUGUGUGCCAUAAUAACUAUUAACAGACAUGAAAUCUAGAUUGUAACUUUUCGUCUCAGGGAGGCGGCCUGAUGCUUUGUGGUUGGAGGAUAAAGAGGAUGAGGAGGAAGAAGAGCUACCUACCUACCUUUUAUCUACUCUGACUGAAGCGCAAGUUCUCAGCAUCCUUGCAAAAAGCAAAAUGGAGAUGAUAAGCCCAAGGACAAGUUUUCAACAACAAAAACCCAAACACCCUCUUUUCACAAAAAAAUCUCUCUCUCUCUCUCUCUGACGUGACAUGGUCUGGUCUGCCCUCUAGCGGUUGGAUGGGAGCAUUGCAGGUCAGGGGUUGGCAAAGCAAACAGGGCCCACCCGACCCCAUAGUGCCUUGCUCAGACUAACGGCCCACCUUGACCCCCUUCCAUCCAGUCCACUCACCCUCUCAGAGCAGACCCGCCACUGACAGGCUUGUCUCCACCACAUCACUAAGGAGGAUUUUCCACCUCCAAACAUGAAAUGAAAAUACAGGAAUUAUGUUUGUAUGUGUUCUGUGCUCUUUAGUUGCAAGUGCAGAGAGAAACAUUCAGACUGCUCGGUGAGAAAAUACUGUAAUUUGGAUUACAUGACAGAUUAUUGUUUUUUUUUGGGGGGGGGGGUUUCCAAAAAAAAAAAAAAAAAAGAAAUGUUGAACUUGUGUCUCUACUCUGCUAAGCUCUGGCUUGCUUUGUGCAUGGAAAAUGAAUUAUCUAUACCAGCGGAUAGCUUGAUAAUUUGACGCGUACUGAUUUUUGCUUCUCAUCAGUCUGUUUUGACAGCGACGCCCCCAAAGCACAUGCAAAAACCCAUGAUUAAGACAAGUGAUUGCAUUACAGUUGGGAAUUUCCAUUUGAAAUGCGUUCAGUUGCUCCAUGACUUUCAAGAAAUGAACUGAUUAAUAAGCUCUUAACUGUAAAUAGCAGCGAAUCCCCCUGAGAAAUGAAAGCACUUAACUUUAGGGAAGUUUAGGUUUGUUUUGUUGAGCUCUGAUGACCUAAAAAGCGGUUGGGCAGAGAAUGCUAGUAACACAGCGCAGGGUGAGAACAAAGCAUUGUAUGUAUUAUUGUUUUGUUUUAAAGAAAGAAAAAAGUAUUACAUUUUAGAGAUGUUGAUUUCUAUUUUUUUUAGCCAAAGUAUGGAGGGCAAAUACAAUUACUUUUUCUGACUGUAAACUUUUACUACUCUUGUACAUUAUGAAUUUAACAUUGUUAUCAAUGUGUAUAUAACUUUUUUUCUAAAUUUAAAAAAAGAUAGAUGUUUUGUUUUUGUUUUUUUUUUUGUUGUAUUUCAUGACACAACCCACUACACCGAAAAGAGCAGAGUCGAAUAUGUCAGUGUAUUUAAACAGGAGCAGCACAACUCCAGUCUGAGGGCAAAAAAAAAAAAAAAAAA